AUGGUCCUGGACGACGCCUCGAAGGACGUGGUAACGAUAAACACGCAUCGUGGUUUGUACCGGUACUACCGUCUGCCAUAUGGUGUAUCAUCUGCGCCUGGAAUUUUCCAAAGAACGAUGGAAAGUUUACUCAACGGAAUUCCAUACACUGGCAUCCUCCUUGAUAACAUUUUGAUUUCUGGACCGACGGAUGAAGAACACCUUCAGAACCUGGAAGAAGUGAUGAAGCGUCUUUCUGAAGCUGGGUUACGUCUAAGGAAGUCGAAGUGUCGCUUUAUGCAACCUACCCUCGAGUGUUUGGGUUACCGUAUCGACGAAACUGGUAUUUAUCCAGUUGAAGCCAAGGUGAAAGCAGUUCAAGAAGCACCUACACCUACCAAUGUUACCGAGUUGAAAGCAUACUUGGGAUUGCUCAAUUUCUAUGGUAAAUUCUUACCAAAUCUGUCAACUGAGUUAGAGCCACUGUACCAGCUACUUCGUAAGAAUCAGAGAUGGAAAUGGAACACAGAACAGAUUCGUGCAUUUGAACGAUCUAAGACUUU